UUUACACGUAAUUAAUCCGAAAUAACGAGGGUAAAACAGACAAAUCGUUGUCACCUCACCUCUGUAACUCUGUUUAUAUUUCUUUGACCUUCUCUCUGCACAGAUCCCCUGAGCUCUCACCUCUCUAAUCUCGAGAUCCGCCGUUAGCUUUGUGUCCUAAACUCAUAGCUCCUGUCUUUUUCUUCUUCUUUUCAUUUGUGUUUAGAGAAGGAUCUUCAGAUCUGGGUCUGUGUUUCUCUCAUUUGGUUAAUCAAGGUCAGCAUGGCGUCAGCGACUGAGAACCAAUGGCUCAAAGGAAGAGUGAAGGCUGUAACCUCCGGAGACUGUUUAGUGAUCACCGCUUUGACCCACAACAGACCUGGAGCUCCACCGGAAAAGACCAUCACUCUUUCUUCUCUCAUGGCACCUAAGAUGGCUCGUAGGGGAGGUAAAGAUGAGCCUUUUGCAUGGGAGAGCAAGGAGUUUCUGAGGAAACUCUGCAUUGGAAAGGAAGUUGCUUUCAAAGUGGAUUACAAAGUGGAAGCUAUUGCUGGAAGAGAGUUUGGUUCUGUCUUCCUCGGUAACCAGAAUCUAGCAAAGGUUGUUGUUCAAAAUGGUUGGGCAAAGGUUAGGGAGCAAGGUCAGCAGAGUCAGGGCAAAGUUAGUCCUUACAUUGUAGAGCUGCUACAGCUCCAAGAGCAGGCUAAGCAAGAAGGCUUUGGUUGUUUCAGCAAGGUUCCUGGUGCUGCUGAGGCAUCUAUCAGAGACCUUCCUCCUUCUGCCAUUGGAGAUGCUGGAGGCUUUGAUGCAAUGGGGCUUCUAGCUGCUAACAAAGGCAAGCCUAUGGAAGGUGUUGUGGAGCAAGUACGCGAUGGGAGUACUAUUCGUGUUUAUCUCCUUCCAGAGUUCCAGUUUGUGCAAGUCUUUGUUGCUGGAAUCCAGUCUCCAUCAAUGGGAAGAAGAAACACAAACGGAAACGUUGUUGAGACGGUUCCUGAUGAGUCUAACAAUGGAGAUGCCUCGGGUGAGUCAAGAGGUCCUCUGACGUCAGCUCAGAGACUUGCUGCCUCUGCAGCAUCUUCCGGUGAGGUUUCUGCUGAUCCAUUUGGAGCUGAGGCCAAGUACUUCACCGAGCAUCGUGUUCUUAGCAGAGAUGUUCGGAUUGUUCUUGAAGGUGUUGACAAGUUCAACAACCUGAUUGGUUCAGUCCAUUACUCUGAUGGAGAAGUAGUUAAAGACUUGGGUUUGGAGCUCGUUGAAAAUGGUCUUGCUAAAUACGUUGAAUGGAGUGCUAACAUGAUGGAGGAAGAAGCCAAGAGGAAGCUGAAAGCUGCUGAACUCCAAUGCAAGAAAGAUCGUGUGAAGAUGUGGGCAAGCUAUGUUCCUCCAGCUACAAACUCUAAGGCACUUCAUGACCAGAACUUUACCGGAAAGGUAGUGGAAGUGGUGAGUGGAGACUGUGUUGUAGUUGCUGAUGAUGCUAUCCCAUACGGGAGCCCGGCUGCAGAGAGACGUGUCAAUCUUUCGAGUAUCAGAUGUCCUAAAAUGGGUAACCCACGUAGAGAGGAGAAGCCAGCUCCUUAUGCUAGGGAAGCUAGAGAGUUUCUGAGGCAAAGGCUUAUUGGCAAACAGGUCAUUGUUCAAAUGGAAUACUCAAGAAAAGUCACACCAGCAGAAGGUGCUACCACAACUGCAGAUAGGAUAAUGGACUUCGGCUCAGUGUUCAUUCCAUCUCCCUCCAAAGGCGACACCGAGGAAGUAGCUACUGCAUCAGCCAUCUCCGGCACUCAGCCAGCUGGAGUCAACAUCGCUGAGCUUCUCCUGUCACGUGGUUUCGGAAACGUGGUCAGACACAGAGACUUUGAAGAGAGGUCAAACCAUUACGAUGCUCUUCUCGCUGCUGAAUCUCGCGCUCUCUCUGGAAAGAAAGGAAUCCAUUCUGCUAAAGAGGCUCCAGCCAUGCACAUCACUGACUUAACCGUGGCCGCGGCCAAGAAAGCUAAAGAUUUCUUGCCGUCGCUUCAGAGGAUCAGGAGGAUACCUGCUGUUGUGGAAUAUGUACUGAGUGGACAUCGGUGUAAGCUUUAUAUUCCAAAGCUGACGUGUAGCAUUGCCUUUGCGUUCUCUGGUGUUAGAUGCCCUGGACGUGGAGAGCCUUUCUCGGAUGAAGCUAUCUCUGUGAUGAGGCGUAGGAUCAUGCAGAGGGAUGUUGAGAUUGAAGUUGAAACGGUGGAUAGAACCGGUACUUUCCUAGGAUCAAUGUGGGAGGGGAGGACAAACGUGGCGACGGUUCUGCUUGAAGCUGGUUUAGCCAAGAUGCAGACUAGCUUUGGUGCAGACAGGAUUGUUGAAGCGCAUAUUCUUGAGCAGGCAGAGAGAACUGCUAAGAAUCAGAAACUGAAGAUUUGGGAAAAUUAUGUUGAAGGACAAGAAGUCUCAAACGGAAGUACAACCGUGGAGACUAGGCAGAAGGAGACUUUGAAGGUUGCUGUUACAGAAGUACUUGGAGGUGGUCGGUUCUAUGUUCAAUCUGUUGGAGAUCAGAGGAUAGCUUCUAUUCAGAACCAGCUUGCUUCUCUGAGUGUUAAAGAUGCUCCAAUCAUUGGAUCCUUUAACCCCAAGAGAGGUGACAUUGUGCUUGCACAGUUUAGCCUUGACAACUCCUGGAACCGUGCAAUGAUUGUGAGUGCACCCCGAGAAGCUAUUCAGUCACCAGAUGAGAAGCUUGAAGUGUUCUACAUAGAUUAUGGAAACCAAGAGUUAGUCCCUUACAGCGCAAUCCGACCAGUUGAUCCUUCUGUGUCCUCAGCACCAGGGCUAGCUCAGCUAUGCAGACUUGCCUACAUAAAGGUUCCAAGCUUGGAGGAAGACUUUGGUCCUGAAGCUGGAGAGUAUUUGCAUACCGUGACGCUUGGAAGUGGUAAAGAGUUCAAGGCAGUGAUAGAGGAAAGAGACACGUCUGGUGGUAAAGUCAAAGGCCAAGGCACUGGAACUGAACUUGCUGUCACUCUCAUUGCUGCUGAUGAAGAGAUCUCUGUCAACGCUGCAAUGCUUCAGGAAGGAAUAGCGAAAAUGGAGAAACGUAGGAGAUUUGAGCACAAGGACAAGCAAGCUGCUCUUGAUGCUUUGGAGAAGUUCCAGGAGGAAGCUCGCAAGGCUAGGACUGGGAUCUGGCAGUACGGUGACGUGGAAUCAGAUGAUGAGGACACUGCUCCGGCUAGGAAGCCUGCUGGUGGUGGUCGCAGGUAAUAAUGGUAAUCGAUAUGCUGGUUCAAAGGGACCAUGACGUAGGAGGGAGACAAGUGGUUGGUCGGUUUCUCUUAAGGUUUUAAAGACAUGUCAUCAGACCUUUUUUUUGUAACGUUUUGGACUAUAGUUAUACUUUUUGAGUUUUAACGAGAAUUUCCUAUGUUUUUUUUGAGCAAAAACGAAAAUUUCCUAUGUAGGACUUGAAAUAAGAGGAAGUUUGAACUA